GACUCCUCCGAGGCAGGCGGAGCGGGGGCGGAGGCUGAGGAGACACCGCCCUCGCAGCGGGGGGAGCAGCAGCAGCAGCAGCAGGCGGGCUUGGCCGGGAGGGGAGACGUGGCCCGGGCCGGCUUCUUUCUUCCUUCCUUCCUUCUUUCCUCGCUCUCUUUCCGUUUGCACCGCCGCCAUGGCCUCCUCCUCCCACCCCUCCACGGCCUGCCUGGCCCUGCUGCUCGGUUGCCUCUCCUUAGGCGCGGGCCCCGCUCGGGCCGAGGGGACGGAGGCGGGCGGCGAGGCGGACCCCCACGCGCGGCACCUCUACAGCGCCGAGAUGCUGCGCCAUGGCGCCCAAAGCGCGCCGCACUUCGUCAUGUUCUUCGCCCCGUGGUGAGCGGCGGCGGCGGCGGCCUGGGGAAAAGGAAGGGGGUGGGCGCGCGCCGAGGUCUGCUCCUCCCGCUGACGUGGCGGGCCGGAGGGCGGCUGGGGGGGGGGUCCGGGCGGCUGGGGGGGGGGCGGCGGAGGCUCCUCCUCCUCCUCCAUCAUCAUCAUCCUCCACCCACUGCCUCCCCAAACGCGCACACGCGUCCAAAGGGGUCUUUUAAAAAGUCUCUAUUUGUGGAGAAGUUGGCGGGAUCUCGCAGCAGCAGCCCCCUCUUUUUGCAACAGCUGCAUCUUCCUGCACGGCAGCGGGUUGGACUAGAUGACCCCCUGGGUCCCCUUCCGACGCUACAGUCCUAUGCUUCUGUUCAUCUAGCUGUGCUGCCUCUGCGCGCUAUCAUUAUUCCUGGGUGCGGUUGGGGAGAGAGCAGGUGCUCUACCACCUCAGGGGCAGAAAACGCGCAAGGAGGUUUUCUUUCCCUGCAGAAGUAGCUGCUGCAGCCUGCCCCCACUUGUGACUUUUACCCUCUGUCCCCAGAGAGAGUUUAAUGGCAUUACCGUAAGCUGCCCUUCGCCCAUGGGACCCAGCAGGGUAUAAAUACUAGCCAUGUUGGUACCUGCACUGUCUUGAGGCAGUGUGCUUCUGAAAGUGGGUCGUUGGGGUGGAUGGGCAAGUCAGGAGAGGGCUAUUGGCGCUCAGGUCUUGCUUUUGGGCUUCCCACGGUCAUCUGGUUGGUAAGAACAGGAUGUUGGGGCGAGGUGGCCAGGGCUCUUAGGUUGCUAAAUGAAAAAGUUCAUGGGGGCAAGUUAUGUCAGAUCGAUUGGUGGUCGUAAUACCUGAAGUAGCUCAUCACUUAUCUGUGUGUGCAUUUUAAGUGCAGGUGUGUUUACCUGAUGGCCAGCACAGAAGUCAGGUAACUGUGCGCACACAAAUGAGCUAUGCAUGUGAGCAGUGUACAUUCUGGAGUGGAGGCACGCAGAAGAUUGCAGAGGCAACUUCUGUGAUUAGAAAAAUGGCAACUUCAGGGUUGCAGAUUUGUUCACACAUUGCUAGCCUACAGAAAGAGUUAGUAGUUUGCCUACCAGUACAUUAUUAUUUUUAAAAAGCUUUGCUGUUUUUCAAGUGUCUUAAAGAAACUGAAAAAAUAUGUAUCUGGCCUAACAAAUAGAGAGGAAAGGGAAAACUAAUGGAGGGAAGUAUUUGUGCCUUUUAUACUUUCUUUGUUCAAAUUUUCAUAGGUAUACAAAGGACCCAUAGAAAAAUCAUUUCCAUUGUUGCAGAUAAGUCUGUCAUUGCUGGAUGCCAUUCACAGGUCCUAACUGACCAAAGACAAAGCAAAAAAUACACACACACACACACCCCGGAAUCUAAACAAAACAGCAGGACAUAGCAUGUUAACCUCUUUCCCCUCUCCUCCCCUCCUUUAAUUUGAGCCUAGCUCUACUAGAAUUUGGGCCAGAACUUGUUUUACUGGUAGGUCUCAGACCAGCUCUAUCAUUAAUAAAAUGCCAUUUUUUAACUCACUGAAAAUUCAUAAGCAGUGUUGCAUAGGCCUCAAAUAAAGCCCAUGCAAAAGUGGUUUCCAAGCUAUUUUCUCUUAAGGCAGCUGAAGCUUCUGCAGUAAAUGCAAACAGCUAAUUAAGAAUUCACAUCUUUCCUAGGUCUGUGCCUCAGGGCAAAGAAAAAGGUAAAUAGAAAGAGCUCCUUCUGAGACAGAGUCUAUAUGCACAGAUAAUCUUGCUCUGAGAUGUUAAUAUAGGAAGUGUUGAUCUGUACAGAGCUCCUGGCAAGGAAAAGCAGGAGACAUCUGGCGUCACCCAACCAUCUUAAUAAUUGAGAAGUCUUCAAUCAGCACUGAACUGACUUUAAAUUUUUAUUUUUAAAGGGGUAGACUCCUAGUAGGAAUUGCGCUGCAGAUCAGGAGCUUAGUCACCACUUGGGUUACGUGGGGGGCAAUUUCAAGUAGCUAGCAAUGGCCUAGUCAGGUUGCCCCCUUUAGCUCCAGUAGUAUCUCUGGUCUGCUGUGUCCCCCCACUUCAAAUGUGAGUUUAUAGCUAGAAAGAUAAACGGGGGAAACAUGAAACAUUAGCACAGGCUUUCUCCUGGUGUUCCCACCCCUGCCCCCUUCAUCCAAAUGAGGACUAUGUUGAGUCCUCAGGUUAAGUACUUAAUUCGUUCCGGAGGUCCAUACUUAACCUGAAACUGUUCUUAACCUGAAGCACCACUUUAGCUAAUAGGGCCUCCUGCUGCCGGACCACCGGAGCACAAUUUCUGCUCUCAUCCUGAAGCAAAGUUCUUAACCUGAAGCACUAUUUCUGGGUUAGCGGAGUCUGUAACCUGAAGCGUAUGUAACCUGAGGUACCACUGUAAUCCAGAGGUUUUCAAUUCCUCUUUCUGCAAUACAAAUAGGCGUCUUCUGUGGGUGUCUUCACAUAUACAGCUCAUUGUUAUAAAGGCAGAACUUGAGCAUUUCUUCUGCCAUGAGAUGUGCAAUCUGGGUUUCCCCACCUUCAUAACAGGGAAAUGUCCCUUUUAACAUGGGAAACCAGGGAGUUGUUGGACUUCCAAGUCCUAUCAGCCCCAGCUAUCAUAGCCAGUGGUCAAGGAUGCUAGGAGUUUGAGUUCAGCAACACCUGGAAGGCCACAGGUGUUGCACACCUGCAUUAUGUGUUAUACUGGAGGCAUGAAAAGAUUCAUUAUCCUUUGUCUUUCUCCACACAUGCCUUGUGGUAGCCAGAGGGACACUUGGUGAGGUGGGGGUGGAAUUUCCCUAUGUGUGCAAGUGAUCCCGUACUGGUUGUAACAUUUGCAAAUAGUCAUUAUGUGACACACAUACUCACACACACCCCAGUCAUUGAGUUCAUGGUCUUCCCUCGUUUUCCAAGAUGCUUCUGGGUACACAUCUAGGUCUGUGACCAUAAUUAAUCAAUUCACUCAAGCUGGCUUGCUAGAGGGUAAAUCAUAAUGUGAGCUUUGGCCUUUGCAAAAUUGCUCUGAAGGGGACAAAGGAACCCUGGGAAAGGAAUGAGUGGACCAUACAUCUCUCUAAUGCACAAUACAGUAAUGCCAGACUUGUGUGGUCUUGCACCAAUCAGUGUGGAAGUAAAACAGGCCGACUAUAAAUAAAGGGAUGAUUUCUGCACACUUGGGGGAAGUCUUUGAAAAUGGAUACUACUUUGUAAAAUAAAAAGAAAUGUUGGGAAGCCCUAAAGCAGCUCAAUUUUGACUUCUAGGACCUGUGGAAUAUUGACAGUAUCAGUUUAAAAAGAUAGAAGAAAAUGGAGGGAGAUGGAAUUGGUCUGCUUGAGCUCCUAACCACUUAUAGAUAUCCUGGAUUAAGGUCAGGGUGACACAUAUUGUGAGGUUAAAGAAAAGUGCCUUUCCUACACUACAUUGGGAGGUUUUACAGAGUAUACCUGAUGCUUCUUGUCCAGUGAUGGUGCUGAUCAGGCUUCCUCAACCUCUGCCCUCCAGAUGUUUUGACACUACAAUUCUUAGCAUCCAUGACCACUGGUCCUGCUAGCUAGGGAUCAUGGGAGUUGUAGGCCAAAAACAUCUGGAGGGCCGAGGUUGAGGAAGCCUGGUCUUGAUUGAACUUCACAUCAACUUGAUGAUUUGAUUUUCUUCAACAUUCACACUGUUUGCUGUUGCAAUGCAUUCUUAUUCAAAGCAGCAUUAUUAUGUUUGGGAUCCAAAGAAGUACUUUAGACACACUCUUCAUCUCUUUGAACAAGUAACUAACUAAUGUCAGAACAAAUGCUUAAAACUGUUGAGUGUUUGUCAAAAGUAAUUAUUAAUAAUAGUAGUAAUAAUAAAUGUUUGAGGCACAUUAGUUGCUAGAUACAGUGGUUUCAGACUUUGCACAUUUUGGGAGUCCUUUCCAUUGUAUCAAGUUUUGUGCAGGAAAACUGCUGUCUCUCUCUUAUGGAAUUCUUGCAAGAUGCUGAGGUUUCUGGGAUGUUCUAGGCUAUAUAUCAUUUCUCAUCACUGUUAACUCGCGUGAACUAAGAUUGCAUCAAGUACACUCCCUUGGUGGCACCCCAUCAGUAACAGGAGAUGAGAAAUCUUUUAGAGAAUCUUUCCGGCCAUUAUUGAAAAUACCUAUAAGCUUCCAAGGAACCUGAGUGUUUCCCCAGAACACGGUUUGAAAAACAUCAACUGAAACCUGAAAUCGGACCAAAGCCCAGCUCCCGGGCUUCUGUGUGGUUGAAAAUGGAGAUUCUAAACCAUAUGCAGAUGAUUUCAGUAUUCCCUGUAACAAGGAAAAUGAAUUCAUUAAUCUUCUUCUUUUUUACCCCAGGUGUGGGCACUGCCAGCGCCUGCAGCCAACAUGGAACGAUCUUGCAGACAAGUACAACAGCAUGGAAGAUCCACAGGUCUAUGUUGUCAAAGUGGACUGCACUGCGGAUACGCCACUAUGUUCCGAGUAUAGUGUCAGAGGGUACCCGACGUACGUUUAAAGGAGCAUUGCAUCCGCUAAUUGUUCUGCGUAUCUCCUUUAGGCCCAUGACAGCAUGAGGGGGGCAGUUGCUUUUGAGUGCUUAUAGUGUAGCAUUGUGGUGAAAUGCUAAAUGUCAGCAGGCUCGUCUUUUUUGCCAAGUGCAUGGAAUGCACUGUAUUGUGUAUUAUACAUUAGAUUCUGUUUCUGGGAAUCCUCUUUCUGGGAAUCCAGAAUCCUCUUUUUCCCUGUUUUGUGAACAGACCUUCUACCUAGCAGCAGCCCAUGUAGCAAUCACAGUCAUUGUUUUAAAAAAGCCCUCUUAAUAUUGUUGCUUUAUUUUCUUAAAUUAAUAUCCUGCCUUUGUUCUGUUAUGGAACUCAAGGCAGCAUUUAUGAGGUUCUUGGGAAAUCUUCCAUCUAGGCACUUAGGCUAGGUGAUAAUAUCAAUAUAUCAUCCAAAACUGGUUUGAUGUCCAUAUCGUGACAUCAGUUUCAUAAUUUUUGACCCUGGCAAUAUAUCUUGAAUCAUGAUGUGUCUCUCUGUGUGUGUCUGUGUCCUAUUCAAAAAUCACUAUGUGGGGAACACUGAAGUCAGCCAGUGCUUCUCUCGAUUCCUGCAGCCCUUGCUAACUCUGCUGGCUCAGCUCUCACCUGCCUCAUUCAGGGGACAGUGAACCACAAGAGCAGGCAAUGGCAAAAAUCAUGAUGCAGGGAAAACCGUGAAGCCAGAAAAUGCCUCUCCUAGGCACUGCCCAGACCUGCUUAGCUUCAGCAUGGUUGGUGGGCUUAUGUGCCAUUGGACUGUACCAUGGGAUUAUGUAGAUAUAUAUUUGCACAAGGAAAUAAAAGCAAUGGGCUGUAUUCAACUAGCUUCUGCUCAGAGUAGACCCAUUGAAAUUAAUAAACCUACGUUAGCCAUGCUCAUUAACUUCAGUGGAUCUAGACUGAGGAGUACUAGCACUGAAAACCUUCCAAUAUUCUGUUUCUGUUUCCUCCUUGCUCCUCUUGGGUUUUAAUGAAAAGUGCAGUGAGCACACCCAUAUGUUUGCCUGUGCAUGGAUAAGAGGAACAGCUGUGCAAAUGUGCCAAGGUGAUGCAAAGGUCUUAUAGCUAGCAGAAGGUGGUUGAAUUGCUCCGGUAGGUUGGGGUGAGAGGACCACGCCUCAUCUGGUAUAGUAAUUACUGAGCAUUUCCUUUUCCAAGGCCUGUGUUCAUUUGCUAAACCAGGAAGAACCUAAUUGACGACACCCUGGAAGCUUCUUGGCAAGGGUAGCCUGUUAGAUGAUUCUGCAGAUAUAGCCUCUCUUUGAUGAGCUCUUCCCUGCUGUGGGGCGUGUAUACCCACAGCCUGGGCAGGCUGAAUUUGCAUGAGGUCGGCAGGUUCUUGAUUUCGUACUUGCUGUGAAUUAUCCAACGCUUUAUUGGCAGGCGGUAGGUAACCAGGACUCCUCACUCGACGUGUAUGGGCAGAUAGUGAUGGGCCUCUGGCCUAAGUUUCUUAACAUUUUUUUCACUUUAGAUUUCUUAAUAUGCUGAUAUAAAAUGUUUCAUAAGAAGACAGGUGUAACAUUCAGCAGUAGUCAUAAUGGGCUCUUUACUUGUAGUGUGAGAACCUAGCCUUGCAGUUGGGCUUGUAAUACAUAUCUUGCAAGUUUAAACAUGCAAUUGGCUCUGUCCCUUUAUGUUUUAGGCAUGCUGUCCUCAAAUAUAUACGUGUGUAUAUAAGCAGAGUUUAUAUCAGUAAAAGCGGGAGGCGCUGAGCCUCUUGGGCUUGCUGAUCAGAAGGUCAGCGGUUCAAAUUCCCGUGACGGGGUGAGCUCCCGUUGCUCCGUCCCAGCUCCUGCCAACCUAGCAAUUCGAAAGCACGCCAAAAAAGUGCAAGUAGAUAAAUAGGUACCGCUCCAGCGGGAAGGUAAACAGCGUUUCCGUGCACUGCUCUGGUUCGCCAGAAGCGGCUUAGUCAUGCUGGCCACAUGACUCGGAAAAACUGUCUGCAGACAAAUGCCGGCUCCCUCGGCCUGUAAAGCGAGAUGAGCACCACAACCCGAGUCGUCCGCAACUGGACUUAACCGUCAGGGGUCCUUUACCUUUUUUUGCCCUUGACAUUACCAAGAAAAAGCAACACAAGCAAUUUUAAAGCAGUUGCAGAACUGCUCCAUGAAUUGUUUGGGUAGAGGUGCAGAUAUGCUAGUGAUGUCACAGGCGCUAAUCUAUAGACCCCUUUUCCCCCCACAUUGCAAAUAGUUUGUUUUGGGUACAGAAGGUGGUACCGUUACGUUUUCACGGCAGUGAAAGGGCAUUCAGACUAUCUCCAUCACAGUUAGAUUUGAAGCUGUCUUCAGUUUUUUAAGUCUUUUUGAAAGUUUGCAGAUAAAUUGUGGCCUUGGAAAGCCUAAUGCCACGCUACUGAAAUCAACACAACUGUGAAAAAUUAGGAUUAAAGAGACCACCCUGAGGAAGGUUCUUUGAGCUGGAACGUGACAGCAAAAGUACAGUUGUUUUCAGAAUGUUUCGACAUUGCAUGACCUUAAAAACAUUUGCAUUUGUUGUCUUGUAUUUGCAGCCUGAAACUGCUUAGACCAGGCCAAGAAGCUGCAAAAUACCAGGGACCUAGAGACUUUCAGUCGCUGGAAAACUGGAUGCUGAAGACACUAAAAGAAGAACCUGCUGUAAGUGAUCAAAGAGUCCUUCCUUCUUUCAGGAGACACAAAAUAAAAUGCCAUUCAAAUUGUUUUUUGUUUGUUUUUAAAAGAGUGCAAAUACAGCAUAUCAGUUACUGAAUUAUAAGGGGAGCCCAUCGAAGGCCAGAAGGCCAUACGUUUUGCAUUUCCCCCCUUAGAGAAUGUGUUAGAAAAUAAAGAACGGAUGUGAUGUGGCCAAAAUUGGACAAGAUGAAGGUCUGGGGCCUUGUGUUAUCCUACCUCUUCCUUUAAUGAUUUGAGCUGGGCAGUGAUGAACAGCCAUCAAUAAUGUCCAUGUUUUUAAAAACCAAUGCCAUUCACAUUGAAGGGAAAUGGUAGCUGAAUGUGGGUAUUAUUAUUUUUUUAUCCUUCAUUCCUACACUGAACCAAAUGCAAGCUCUCCUGGUUAGGUGUGGGCUAAGGAAGUAAACUGGUUGAACUUGGAGCUCUACACACACACACACACACACACACACACACACAAACAAACACACUCUCGCUCACUCACUCACCCUGCAGCCCCACAACAUGCCCUCAGUGCUGCUGCUUCUGCUGCCAGCAUUGCUUUGUUUUUUUCUUGAAAGUUGGCUGCCUCUCAUUUGUUGCUCUAGGAAAAUAAAAUUUAUUGAUCUUCAGACAUAACAUACAGUGUGUGUGUGUGUGUGUGAAAAUAAUUCCAUGCAAGAAGUAGUUACAUUUGGAUGGAUGGCAUGAGUUGUUUUACAAAUGUGUACAUAGCACUUUAGCUUAUAGGUGUGUACUUUUAUCUGAAAAUGCGAACGAGUGUUGUCAUGUUUGCAGUUGUGAUUAUAACCACAAACUUAUACUUGCGGUUUCAUUAUGCAUGCAGCUAUAUAACCAGCUGUGUCUGUCUUGAGAUACAAUAGCGUUGUUAAUGUAAUUUUCCUUUGUAUGAUAGGAGAAGGAGUCUGAACCAGAGUCUCCCAAAGACCCGGAAUCGAAGCAGGGUCUAUACGAGCUCACAUCAGCUAAUUUCAAAACGCAUGUUGCAGAAGGUAACUUGAUAGUUAUUGCUGCAAAUCCUUCCUUUUUUAAAAAAAAAAUGCUCUUUAUAUUUAAUAAAGUUAUGUAACAGUGGUACAGUGUCCCAUAAUGAAUAGGCUAUCUAAUGAAUCUGUGUAGCAGAAAUGAGAUUUCAUCUUGAGAGUUCCUGGGUCACAGCUCAAGCAUUGCAAACUACAGUGGUGCCCCGCAAGACGAAUGCCUCGCAAGACGGAAAACCCGCUAGACGAAAGGGUUUUCCGUUUUUCAAUGCACUUCGCAGGACGAAUUUCCCUAUGGGCUUGCUUCGCAAGACGAAAAUGUCUUGCGAGUCUUGAGAUUUUUUUUCGCUCCCCCCCCCUUUUUCUAAGCCGCUAAGCCUUUAAUAGCCUUUUAGCAGCUAAGCUGCUAAGCCUUUAAUAGCCGCUAAACCGCUAAUAGCGCUAAGCCGCUAAUAGGGUUGCUUCGCAAGACGAAAAAACCGCUAGACGAAGAUACUCGCGGAACGGAUUAAUUUUGUCUUGCAAGGCACCACUGUAAUGACACUUGCCAUGUUUUGAAUGUUCAUAUCCCAAGUUUUGAAGCCGAGUUACAAAUCAACCUCAUGCCCUCUGCAUGUAGCCACUACAACAACUCAUUUCACGUAGGCAAGUGAACAAAGGACAGCUCAAUUGGUAGAGCAUGAGAUUCUUAAUCUUGGGGCCAUGCGUUUGAUCCCCACAUUGGGCAAAAAGAUCCCUGCAUUGCAGGGGGGGUUGGACUAGAUGACCCUCGUAGUCCCUUCCAACUCUACAAUUCUGUGUUUCUAUGAAAUAAGGAUGGUUUUAGUUAAUGGUUUCAGAGCAAGCCUGAAACCGUGGUUGGAUGUUGGCAUCAUGCCCUGCAUUGUUCCAAAGCUAUAAACCAUAGUUUCCCAGUUCGGAUGCAACUGAAGACUUCCUGACUUGUUCACUGGUUUGUGUGAAGGGGAAAGCGAAGAGGCUGUGAGCAGCCAGGUCCUCCUUGCAAGCUUUCUAUAGGUAUCUGGUUGGCCACUGUAAGAAAAGAAUGCUGGACUAGAUGGGUCUUUGGGCUGAUCCAGCGUGGCUCUUUUUGUGUCCUUAUGGAGGCAGAAGGCCUACUUUCAGCUUACUAAGAUGAACUGUAAUCCUCAGAACUCAGCUGUUAACCUGUUGCUACCCAGGACCUGAUGCUUGCCAACAUACGUCCAGGGCAGGUGGAGAUUGCUCUGAGCCUUCUUCAGACCCAGUGAGACCAGUGGUUCAGGGAAAGGCCUUUUCCCAUCCUUGUUGUUCUGGCACCUCCAACAAACUUUCUCCACUGAGAACUCCAAAAGGCCAUCUGAUAACCUUUCACCUGCUGAUAACCUCGAGCCUUGCAAGACUCAGAGGAGAUGACGUUUUAGAGGAAACAUUUUGGAAUCAAGAUGCUUUAGUAGCCUUGUGCCAUGGGUGGCGCUGUGGUCUACACCACUGAGCCUCUUGGGCUUGCCGGUCAGAAGGUUGGUGGUUCGAAUCCCCGCGACGGAGUGAGCUCCCGUUGCUCUGUCCCAGCUCCUGCCAACCUAGCAGUUCAAAAGCAUGGCGGUGCAUGUAGAUAAAUAGGUACCUCUGUGGCAGGGAGGUAAAUGGCGUUUCCUUGCACUCUGGCUUCCGUCACGGUGUUCCGUUGCGUCAGAAGCGGUUUAGUCAUGCUGGCCACACGUGGACAAAUGCCGGCUCCCUCUGCCUAAAAGCGAGAUGAGCUCUGCAACCCCUCAGUCACCUUUGACUGGACUUAACUGUCCAGGGGUCCUUUACCUUUUACCUUUAGAAGCCUUGUGUAAAAAAAGAAAAGCGCAUAAAGUUUUUGAGUGCAGUGUAGUAGAGAGGGGAUUGGGGAAGAAUGUCAGGCAAGGUUACCUUGCUUAUCUUACCAAAGUUUCUAAGUGGCUGUGCUUGGGGACGUAUGGAGGAAGUUACUGGGAGCUACAGGUGUAAGCGAGUCCCCUGUUUUACACAGGGCAGCUGUGUGAUGCUGGUAUCAGGAUCCCCAUCUCUUAAGAAUGGAAACCCAGUCAUGGCAAAGGAUAGCAGUACACCUUCCAGUGUUCUUUGUCUGCAUAAAGACAGACACGUAAUCACUGCUGGAAUGAGUGAACUGAGCGCUGCUUAUUUACACGCGCCUUGUUUUGUUUUGUUUUUAGGCAAUCACUUUAUCAAAUUCUUUGCCCCCUGGUGUGGCCACUGCAAGGCCCUGGCGCCAGCUUGGGAGCAGUUGGCCCAGCACCUUGAAAAUUCGGAGACUGCCAAGAUCGGCAAGGUAGGCUUCGUUUACAAGGUCUUAAACUGAACAUUAUGUACUUGGACAGUAACAUCUAUGAUGGGAGAACGCUGUUUGCUCCAUUAACCCACAAUUAACUUCAUUUACUCUGCGGUAUAAUACUCCUGGCAGUCCAUUUGCACAUCUCGGGUUGUUUUUUUUUAAUUUCUGGUGCCUUGCUUGUUUUGCUGGAACCUGCCAACAAAAUAUUUAUCUUACCUGUGUGUAUGUCACAGGGAAGCUUAUUUACUCAUUUAAAACCUUUGUACCCGGCCUUUCCAUAUUUUAAAAAAUAACAUAAAAAUACAGUGGUACCUCUGGUUACGUACUUAAUUCGUUCCGGAGGUCCGUUCUUAACCUGAAACUGUUCCUAACCUGAAGCACCACUUUAGCUAAUGGGGCUUGCUGCUGCGCUGCCGCCGCGUGAUUUCUGUUCUCAUCCUGCAGCAAAGUUCUUAACCUGAGGUACUAUUUCUGGGUUAGCGGAGUCUGUAACCUGAAGCGUAUAUAACCUAAAGUGUAUGUAACCCGAGGUACCACUGUAAAAAUCAGGACAGUUAACAGCAAAAUCAAACAAAUUAUCUGUUUCAGAAACAGUAAGUAGCAAACUGCUUACACGGGAGGGAUUCUUACUCUUUGUGGACAAGUGAAUGAGUGGUUAAUAGGAAUAUAGGCAUACCAGGGCCUUGUUAUUUUAAAGAAGGAAAAGGCAGGGUCCCUACAGCUUACUUUUAUGAUGAUGGAGCCCUUCUUUCCAUCUUCAGGCAGAUGUGUGUGGGUGUUGGAACAACUUCAGCUAACUAUAAAAACAGGAGUGUAGUCAUAUUGUUAGCUUUCUGGUGGAAAAGAUUGCUCUCCCAGACUGAAAUGUUCAACUGGGUGCACGGUUAAUAGUUUAGACGAAAUAAAGUAUUUGGGGUCUGUUGGGAGACAAACUACACAUGACAUUGGAAGGAAAGUCUGAUACUUAUUUUGUGUUUUUUUUAAAAAAAUAAAUAUUUUCAUUUUGUUUUUCCUGAGAGCAGGUUUGGAAGGGGGCAAAUAAAUGCUUGUUGAAACCAACACAGACAAGUGUUCUGCCUGCCUUCAAACAUAUUGAGUAACACCAAGCCCACUUUAAACCCACUGAAAUCAAUUGGAUCUAAACUUGCCGAAACAACAUGUCCUCAUUGAUUUCAAUGGAGCUACAAAGUGUAAUGGAUUUUGGAUGUAAUCCUAACCCCGUUUACCUGGGAAUAGGCCCCAUUGAGUUCCAUUGGACUUACUUCUGGGUAAAGUCCUGGGUAGGAUUGUGCUGUUCGUCUGGAUCCAGGCCAUUGUGCGAAGUGUUUGCAAUUUGCUUUUCAAGGGUGUUUGGACUGCUGUUCUCUGACGUCUCCAUUUCCCCACCCCUUAUUUCACGCUGGUUAGCUGGUAGUGUUGCUCUCAGUGCUGGCCCUACUGCAUAUUGCCCUCGUCAUCCUAAUUUAGUUCUUUGUCAUGUUGUUGUUGGUUCGCCUUGAUUCUCAUUCUCAUUUACUUUCCUGCAGCUAUCGAAUAAGCCACACUGCUUGGUUUCUUCCUCUGAAUUUUCUCUCUCUCUCCUUGCUCUUCCAGUCUCUCCAGUUGACUGCUGCCUUGGAUGUUCUUCCUUAAGUCAUUCACUAGCAUUUCUCACUCCUCCCACCUUGAAGGUUGUAGUGGCAAGUCAUCUGUUCUCAGCUUCUUGCUUGCUCCAGAUUCUUGAUUUCCCCUCUUCUAAUUCUUCCUCUUGUUUCCAACAUAAGAAGAGCCUGCUGGAUCAGGCCAAUGGCCCAUUUAGUCCAGAAUCCUGUUCUUAUAAUUGUCAACCAGAUGCCCGUGAUAAACCCACAAGCAGAAUUUGAGCACAAGAGCACUCUCCCCUCCCGUGGUUUCCAGCAACAGAGGCAGAGCAUUGCCAUCAUUAGUAGUCUUUGAUGUCCUCCCUGAAUUUGCCUAAUCCUCUUUUAAAGCCAUCUAAGGUUGGUGGCCACCACUGCCUCCUGUGGCAGUGAGUUCCAUAGUUUAAUUGUGUGUGUUCUUUUCACUGCUCCUUUUAAUUUGUGGGCUGCUGUGAUUUAUCACCAUCCUGUUCAUCCACAUCUGACUUAUGAGUACAGUACUGGCUUACUUUCCUCCUUUCUUCCCUUCCAAUUCUUAUUCCUGUUGGUUUCACUUUACAAAUUAACCCUCAUUCUGAUAAAUUUGCUCGGCAUUUUCUCUGUCUUCAAGAUUCCCUCCUUCUGCCACUCUCACUUCUCGCAUCUCCCAUCCAUUCUGCUGUUUGCAUCUUAGACCUUGUCUAAUCAUUCCCUACGAAUGGCUAUGAAUGCCAUUGCUUAUGCUGCCAAAGCAACGCCACCCAUGCACAGCUUUUCAAGAGGAAAGGCAGGCAAGGGGUUUCAAUAAAUACAUAAAUCACCCUGCAAUAGCUGCAGGUUUAGGGAAACCCUAAAAGGGGACUAACAGCUUACAUUUGUUGCUUAGUAGGCAACAAAUGCUGACUGAUGGGAGAAAACUGAGUGAGACGAGGGGACAGAGUGGAAGAGGGCCUGGCUGACUGAAUGGAGCAGUGAACAGGAGCUGCUCUUGCUGCAACGUUUACCCCAGGCAUAGGCAAACUCCAGCCCUCCAGAUGUUUGGGACUACAAUUCUCAUCAUCCCUGACCACUGGUCCUGUUAGACAGGGAUGAUGGGAAUUGUAGCCCCAAACUUCUGGAGGGUUGGAGUUUGCCUAUGCCUGGUUUACCCCAUGCACCUUAGCCUUUCUUCUCUUCCUUCUCAUGCUCCUUUUGCUUCUGGGUCAGAGCUCCUGCAUGCCCCUGGGCCAAAUUUGACUUGAUUAGCAUCGGGUUUGCUACUUCAUGCUCAUCAUUAUCCUUCUCCUCUGCUGUCCCUUCAUCAGUUUCCUGUAAUAAUUUUGUCCAAGAGCUUAUUGAUUUGUGCUCUUCAUUCUUCAUUACUCUCUAGUUCUGGCUGUGUUCUUCAUCAUCAUUAUUAUCAUCACUAUUUUUUACCCAUCUUCUCUGCUUUCAUUUCCUGCUGUUGCUUUUCUUCUUCCUUCAGUCCUUUUGACCCAGUUCUCCCUCUUCCUUAUUUCCUUCCUUUUUUCCACAGCAAAUACUCCAUCUGUUCUUUCCUCUCUAAUUCUAUUUAUACGAUCUGAAGAGAAACCAGAGUAUCGUAUAAAUCUUGUUCUGUUUUCAGACUUUACCUUUCUUCUCACCAUUCCCUGUUGUGCUUUAAACUUGCUAUGUCUUCUCCCAAUGCCCCCAGAGCCUAUUUGAGGGCAGGACAGGAGCGGGGAGCCCAGUUGCACAAGUGCCCUGUUGCUUCCUUGCUCAGGGCUUCCACUGAUAGGACUUGUUAGGUAAACCCUGCCCCGUGGUUCCCCAUUUUUAUUUUAAAAAUAAAACCCCUCACCUCCUUUCCAUUUCUAUCUUUCUUUUGUUAUCCAAAGUACUUGAACAACAGCACCCAGGUUUUCUUUUUACAACAGUUCCUUUUCCAGGCUGGUAUUCAACAUCUGCAUUCUAUUGAGACGGCCCUAUAUAAAACCCUCUUGCUCUCAUUGAUCUUGCCUCAUGUUUUGAUACAGUUGAUCCCUCUCUGCUCCUUAGUCCUCGGCGUUAUUUGGGGGUUUGUUGAUAACUCUCCUUUCUUGGCUUCCCUCCCAUCGUGACUCUUGUCCUUUUAAAGCUUCCUUUAAUGGCACUCUUCUUUCUCAGUUUCCUCUCUGAACUGGUGUCUGCUGAGCUCAGUCCUUAGAUUCUUUCCUUGGCAUUGACUCUUGCUCUUGAAAUUCUUACACGGUGCCGUCCAACUCUGCCUUUCUCUUCCUUUCUUUCUCGCUGUGUUCCUUUCUCUCUCUUCCCCCUUACAAAAAAACAUCUCAAGAGCCUUGCUGGGUCAGCCGGAGUGUUCAUUAGCCCAGCAGCCCUGUUUCCAAGGGAGACCAGCCAGGUGCCUUCAGGAAAGCUGACCAUGAAGGCAAGGACCCUCCCCUGUUUUGUGCUUCCAGCACCUGCUUUUCAGAGCCCAUACUGCCUCCUAACACCAGGCUGUCUAAUGCUUCCAACUGUCUUCUGCUGGGAUGUUGGAUCAUUAUCGCAAACACUGUAUACAAAGGAUGGAAUUUGUCAUGUUUCCCCUUAAAUCACCUUUCCCCUUCUCUUUCUCUUUCAGUCAGCAACUUCACUCUUCAGUCUUCUCAGCAAGUUAAGAGGCUGGGCAUUGUCUUUGAUCCUUCUUUCUCUUGCUUGGCUCACAUUACUGCUCUAGCUGAGGUCUGUCGCUUCUCUCUUUUAUAAUACUUUUUUUAAAAAGCACCACACACACACACACACACACACACACACACACACACACACCUUCUGAUCAAUUGGUUCUACCUAAGCCCUUAUACUCUCCCUUUUACGUUGCAAGGGUUAUUGUAAUGCUUCCCUCACCAAUCUCCCCACUUAAAACUCUUCUCUCCAUUCCCAGCUCUUCUGCUCAUUUAACUUUUUGUUUGGUUGUGUUUCAAUCAUGUUACACCUCUGUAUAUUUCUCUUCUGUGUUUUUAUCUUCACUGGCGUCGUCUGUUGGCCCCAUGAGUCUUAUUUUGUGUCUCUUCACAUUUCUACUCCUGCUUUCUCUCUGUUUUCCUCCUGGGUCCUUCCAUUCAUUGAACCUAUUAAGCUGUCCGUUCUAGCUAUGCACUUUGUCUCUCUUACAGCUUCUAAGGCAUGGAACUCCUUCCCCAUUACAUAUAUGACCUCAUAUGUUUUCUUGCAUUCCCCUCCCCCAAAUUUAUUUCCUUUGAUUAUAUUUUUCAGGUUUUAUUAUCACUCCUUUUACUUCAUUUUAGUUUAUAGCAUGUUUUCAUCUCUUCGUCCCAGGUCCUUUCUUCUUUCGUUCCAUGGUUUUUUAGAUGCAACCCCAAGGGCAGGAAAAUGUGCCGUUUUCAAUCAUGUGCCAUGCCCAGUAUGUUUAGCUGCUUUAUAUAAGUAUUCAUGGCGACACCCUUCAGCAGUUGUGUCUUUUUUUUUGCACAGCAGCGAGAGUUAAAUAUUUCAGCGCACCUGCUGACAGCUUAUACCUUUACUUUGUGAAAUUCACAAUGGCCUUUUUACUUGAUACUUGUGUGGUGUUUCAGGUGGAUUGCACACAACAUAAUGAAGUCUGCUCGGAAAACCAAGUGCGCGGUUACCCAACCCUCCUUUGGUUCAGAGGAGGAGAGAAGGUGAGGUUAUUAUGAAGCUUGCCCCCUUUAUUCAGUUUCCUAUGUUUACGUGAUGGGAUCGGUUACGUCACUUUCAGGCCUGCCCUGGAAUGGACUGUGAAAGCCCAAUGGUGUAGUUUGUGAAACUGUAUGUAGCCACAGGUCAUAAGAGCUGUGACAUGCCGAGUAGAACAAACAUGUCAUUUUAUACACACACACAAAUAUAAUGCAGACACACACAUAUAAAAUACCUCCAGCUUCCACUACUGAGCUCCCGUUUUCACAGAGGUGUAAACCAUCAUGUGUGUUGCCUUUGGACAAGGCUGAAAAGGAGAAUAUGCUCCAGUCAGUGGAGCAUUGAGUCCUUGUGGAUCUUCCUCCUCACCGGGGUCAGGUGGGGUGGGGUGAUGGAGGGCAUGCAUGAGUAUCAGGGGAAAUAAUAAUUACCUUGCUCCCGGAAUGUGUGCUUUGGUUUCAGAGCACUUGCCUUAAUUCCUGGCCCUUCCUGUUCAGUUAUUGCUCGCUUGAAGGGGUGACACAAGUUUUAAAAGGAGCUGAAGGCAAAGGGCCUUCUUGGUAGUGGCGCCUGCCCUGUGGAACGCCCUCCUGCAGAUGUCAAGGAAAUAAACAACUAUCUGACUUUUAGAAGACAUCUGAAGACAGCCCUGUUUAGGGAAGUUUUUAAUGUUUGAUGUUUUAUCGUGUUUUUAAUACUUUGUUGGGAGCCGCCCAGAGUGACUGGAGAAACCCAACCAGAUGGGCGGGGUAUAAAGAAUAUUAUUAUUAUUAUUGCAUGGAUCGUGCCUUUAGCGCUCCCCCGGUAGUUGCACAGCUCCUUUCAAGUUCCCUCUUGUUUAGGGCCUCCUAUACUCAUGGAAGCUCCUCACACCUUUUAGAAUCCUGCUAACUCAGGGUUCUAGACAGGUGUGAAAUUUCCAGAAAUUUUGAAGCUGCUUUUUCCUCACAGGGUGGUUUUGUUUUGUUUUGUUUUUUGUGGACGGGUAGGUGGAAUUUUUUUUGGGAAAAUGCAAAGUUUUAUAUUCUUUUUAAAAGGAACUCUUAACUUACUGAAACUCUCUCUCUGUUACUCAAAAUGCAUUAAGAUUUGCAAGGAUCUCUUUCUUGGCAAAAAGCAAAAAACUUAAGCUGUGGAAUUCAAUAAACCAAGCUAAUGAAUUGGUAGGAUGAUAUAGAUAUGUAGCAAUGAGUGCUUAAACGUGAACAUCUUCAAAUGGGGAUUCAAGAAAGGUUUGCUAAACUAAAUAAUUCACAUGUUGUCAUUGUUGUUUUGUAGGUUGACCAAUAUAAAGGAAAGAGAGAUUUGGACUCUUUGAAAGAAUAUGUAGAAUCCCAGCUAAAAGACGCCAAAGAAGCCUCAGGAGAUGCUAAACCUACAGAAGCACCGUCACCACCUAGAGAAGCAACUCCAGAAGAAGAGGUAAGUCCUAAAUCAGGGGUCAGCAAACUUUUUCAGCAGGGCGUCAGUCUACUGUCCCUCCGACCUUGUGGGGGGCUGGACUAUAUUUUGAAAAUAAUAAUAAUAAAUGAACGAAUUCCUAUGCCCCACAAAUAACCCAGAGAUGCAUUUUAAAUAAAAGGGCACAUUCUACUCAUGUAAAAGCACACUGAUUCCCAGACCGUCUGCAGGCUGGUUUGAGAAGGCAAUUGGGCCACAUCCGGUCCCCAGGCCUUAGGUUGCCUACCCAUGUCCUAAAUAAUACCUCUUAAAUGUUUUCCCCAAACUCUAAAAAUUAUUCUUGCGAUUUUGCUGUCAUGCCUCCACUAGGGUUCUAGUUAUAACACUUGAUCAGAAUUUGCAAUAAAUCUGUUGUUGCUUUUUAAAAAGUGUGCAUUGACUGCUGCCAUGGAGCUGUGCUUUCAUGUAAACGUGCACAAACAUACAUACAUAUGUCGCUAUACUGUGUAUAUCAGGUUCGUGUCUGAAUGAAAUGGUUCCUGGCCUCUCAUCCUUUUAGUUUAAAGAUAAUACAGUGAUACCUCAGGUUAAAUACUUAAUUCGUUCCAGAGGUCCGUACUUAACCUGAAACUGUUCUUAACCUGAAGCACCACUUUAGCUAAUGGGGCCUCCCGCUGCUGCCGUGCUGCCAGAGCACGAUUUCUGUUCUCAUCCUGAAGCAAAGUUCUUAACCUGAAGCACUAUUUCUGGGUUAGCGGAGUCUGUAACCUGAAGCGUAUGUAACCUGAGGUACCACUGUAUAUGGAUAGAUAAUAUAUGUAGCUAAAUAGAGAGGUGUUCCCUUCCUAUUGGAUGGUAUAUGUUACAUUUCCUGUAGCCUCUUUCUCACUUAAGUCACCAUCCUUGUGACAUCACAGCUUGUUGCCAGGACAGAGGUAGUCAUGAUCAGAUUCUGCCCUGUUUUGGGUUGGCACAGCAAGAAGGCAGGGAACAAAUGGAGGGGGACGAUGGGACUACAAUAAAACAGGAGGUGCUGAACAAGGAAUUUGAAUCCAGAAAAUUAAAAUGAUAGUGAUGUCCAUUUAGGCUGCAGUACUCAUAUGAGGGAUUUUCAAGGAGUGCUUCACAGAUUGCUUUUAAUUAGCUCCUCAGUGAGUGGAGCUGCAUACGUCUGCGUGCCACCUUUCCCCCCCUUCCAGUGGCUCUCACCUGAUGGUAAAUGAACUGCAGAGAAAACAAUUGGCCUGGCCCAGCAAGGGUGCUUUGUGGAGGGGGAAGCAAACUCAGGAUGUAUUGAAAAGCCUCAUGUAUUGGGUAGAGAUGGGGAAAUCUCCACACUGUGGCAUGGCUUCCUCUAUGCACCCCUUUUUCUUAAUACAGCAUCAUAGCAGUGGCGAGAGACUUCCAAGUACGCACUUGGCAUGUUUGAAGCCGUUUUGACUUUCACCUCCCUUUCCUUUGACAGGGCAAAGUCCUUUCCCUCUCUGAAAAAGACUUUGAUAAAGAAGUGUCUCAGGGAAUCACCUUCAUUAAGUUCUACGCUCCAUGGUAAGUUUUCUGCAUGAGGAUUUUAUUGAUUACUAGAACAACAAAUGAAGUGAAUAGAUAAACGUUUUCAACAGAGAAAACAUUUGGGAUUGCAGGCAUUUGAACUUUUUGUUUCUGUGCUGUUGCUGCUGUUGUUCUCCUCACUUACUUAUUUCCGCCUUUAGAGUGGGAUAAUUGUGACCUUAUUUACCUGUUGGUAGCAUUUAUCCAGAAGUGAAAACUAGUUUCCAUCUGGGAGCUAUUCUUUGCCUCCGUGUCUUGUUAGAGAUGAGCUGGAGGUACCCCUGGCAGACCGUUAAUUUGCUGGCUGUUUAGAGCAGGAAUGGUGAGUCUACAUGCUAAAUCAGGCCUAGCAAACUGCAUGAAGAGGUCCACCUACCCCUGUCAGAUUAGCCAAUGGCAGCACCUCUACCUGUUGCGGAAGGGCUUCUCCUCUUUCUUUCGUGCUGCAACUACUGGGAGGUCUUACCGGUCAGGAAACGGAAAGGACUUUGUGCCUAGUAAUGGUGUUGCGCAAGAGGAAAGAGAGGCGCCUUUGAAAGUUAAGCAAGGGGAUAUAUUCUCUAUUAGGGACGCGGGUGGCGCUGUGGGUUAAACCACAGAGCCUAGGACUUGCCGAUCAGAAGGUCGGCGGUUCGAAUCCCUGCGACGGGGUGAGCUCCCGUUGCUCUGUCCCUGCUCCUGCCAACCUAGCAGUUCGAAAGCACGUCAAAGUGCAAAUAGAUAAAUUACCUCCAGCGGGAAGGUAAACGGUGUUUCCAUGCGCUGCUCUGGUUCGCCAGAAGCGGCUUAGUCAUGCUGGCCACAUGACCCGGAAUCUGUACGCCGGCUCCCUCGGCCAAUAAAGCGAGAUGAGCGCUGCAACCCCAGAGUCGGCCACGACUGGACCUAAUGGUCAGGGGUCCCUUUACCUUUACCUUCUCUAUUGCAAUGCCGUGCUGCGAAGAUCCUCCCCUCCUGCAGUUGCACAGGAAAACCACUCUCUCUGCUCUUCAGAGAUGGCUCCCUGAAAUGCAGAGAAAGCACUGAAUUUCCACUGGAGAGGACAGAGAUAUUCCUCUCCUGCUAGCUCAGUGUUGCAGUGGUAAGAGAAAUGGCUGCCUCAGCACUGUAGUGAUUGCCAGAGAGGAAGUUGUUUUCCUUUCUUUCUUCUCUACUGUGCUAUGCUGUGGUGGAGAGGAAAGUUCCACUUUCCUUGCCCCUCUUCCCCUUCUACUUUUCUACUUUGAUUCGUGUCUCAAAUCUCUAAAAAAAAACAUUUUACGCGUGCCCAAAUCCUGCUGAGAUUGUCCUCUUAAUGUACUCGUUCCCAGGCCUUUGUGUUGGAUGUAUUUGACUCAGGCCAUAACAGUCUCAAGAUUUUGCAUGUAUGACAUUUUGUACGUCUUGCUUUAUAACAUACGAUCCUGCCUAAGCUGAUACUAAAAAAGAAUUCUGCUGUUCAUGCUACAUAGAACCCCAGGUUUAAGCAUGUUUUAUUUGGGGGGAGGGGUAUCAGAUCUGAUUUAAUUGCCAUAGGUACAGGUUGGGGUCUGGUUCACGUACAUUUAAGUCAGUUUCGCACAUCUUCGUUAUACUGAAAGUAUGAAUUGCUUAUAUUGAAAAACAUUGAGUUGGCUCCUCAACUGAUUUCACCCAGUCUAAGAAUGACACAGUCAAGAACCAACCCGUUCUGUCUGAUGGACUAAAGUUCAGUUGUUAAGAGUUAUACCCCACUUCUCCACUCACAUCACAGCAAACAAAAUUGCCAGGCAAAAGUUCUGUUAGAUCGGUGGUGACUUACUGACAGAUGUGUGCUUUCUGAUGUCAUUACGUGAUAAAUAUGGUGUGUGGAUCGGCCCAGAGACUGGCUGAAGACCACCUAGUGACUUGAUGGCCAAGCAUGGAUGUGAAAAUUUAUUUAACUAUGGAAGUGGUUCGGUUCUUGAUCUCAUGCAGUGCUAGCUCCACCAUACUGUUCUGUGGUGUCUUUGCUGGCAUUCUAGGCUCCUGGAGACUUCCCGUCUUCUUAUCCUAUGCUAUUGCUGAUAGUAGGGAAACCUGGAGUUUGGGAAGUUGUUAUCAAUGUGACAUGUAGGUUGUCCCUAUGCAAUUCAUCCACCAAGCCUGCCACUCAGGAGGUAGCCCUGGUCUGGUCUUAAUUAUUUACAGGUGAGAAGGAUACACGUGAAAGAGAGGAGAUACCUGUAGAAUUCACUGAGCUCUUCUGCAAAUCUUAGAGCAGAGCUGCAUUCCAAAUAUAGCUUCCAUUCUCUCCUGACUUCAUUCUAAAAAGAGCCAUGCCACAAGGAUGCUAAAUAUCCAAAAGUGAGGGCUGCGUUAAAGAUAUUCUAAAUGCCACCUGACCAAAUCCACUCUCAUUUGGCAACAAGUUGUUUCCAUGAAAAGCUUCAGCUCAGGCUAAUGUUUACUACACAAAUAGCCAGUAGCCUAUUCCUGGCCAGCUAAAUUGUGUACACAAUUAUAGUUCAUUGUAUACAAAUUGACCUUUUUCUCUUGCAUGUCAGCUGUUUUAUGUUUGGCUAAGCAACCGCUAGUUCUCUGAGGUCUCCUUUUGCCCUUUACUUUGUUUUAAGUAAAUAUUAACAUUAAACUGAACGACAAGUAAAAAGCCCAUCUCAUCUUAAUAGUUUUCAGUACAUACGGUCUGUAGCCCUCUUAAUACACACCCUGUAUAUAGUAAGAGACCUUAAGAAUGAUUCCUUUUGUUUCCUAAGGCAGGGAGCAGGUUUUUAAUAUUUUUAUAAGCAGUGCCUUGAAUCAGCUACUGACUGGGAAAGUAGUGCGGAACUUAAUGUCACAGCAGUGAUAGAUCAAAAAUUGAUUUACGUGCAUAGGCUGAUUUCAGCUUGAUGGCUGCCAGUUUUCUAACAUCUACUUUAUAAUAACUGGGAUAGUAUAUUCAUGCACCGAGUUGGUUUGCAGGUUUAUUCCAGUGCAGCUUACUGUGGACAUGCUGUGGCCACAAUUUAGUAAGUGUUUAGACUCUUUGCAGUGGAGCAUCAGUGGAGCAUCAAAGUGCUUCGCUUGUGACCGGAUUGCAUGCCAUGUUGUUACGUAACACAGACUGGGUGUUCCACGGGAAGCAGGUCUGUUUCAAAGAACAGUCCUGCAUCUGCCUCUGUGCAAAUGCGACUGGAACAUUAGAUGGGCAUUUGGGUUGGCAGAAAACAUUAACCAUCCCAGUACUUGCCUGGUUACUCUGCUGCAUCUUAAGAUAAUUCUGUUGCUUGCCAGGUAAGUUAUGGGAUGCAGGGAGGAAAUGAGCAAGCCAGCCACUUCCUCAUAUAUAACCUCACAAUAUUUGGACCCUCUUUGGUUUAUGGAGGCAAUUUUUAAAUUUAUGAAUCUGUUACAACAAGAACGAACCAGCAACAGAGGAAUGAAUAUUAGGUUUUUCUGGCGAGGUAACUUAAAGGGUUGGGGCACUAGCUGUGCUAUAGUUGUGAUUUUGAAAUAGACCUACUUCUAGAAUAACAAAGCCACUCCUACCCCUUCUCUAAAAAACACCACCACCUUUUUUGAGCUAGCGGGAGAAGUGGUGGAUAGUAGCAUAUUUUAAAUUUUAGCCUUACUUGUUGUAUAAACAACAUGUCAGAGGUGGAAACCUUGCUUUAUUGCUUUCUGAGUUUUAGGUAAGCUGGCGGGCUGUGGCGUGAGGACAUUUUGCUUCACGGAUUUCAGCAAGAACCUACUUAGCAAUAGGUGGGUUUAGGGCUGUGGCUUCAGAAGCGUUUGUUCAAAUGGUACGUUAUUUCCUAAUUUGAUGACUAUGAGACAUCAUCUCCAACUUUAAGGAAACCUAGGUUGUUAGAGGAGGGCACAUUUACAUCACAACAGAAAAAGAUGAAUUAUCAGUGGGGUUUCCCCCCCCCCUUUAAAUUGGUAGCCAAAAUUAAGUUUACUGCUGUCUCCGUCCCUUUCACAAAGCACUUGGAAAGCAGUAGAGUCUCGUGCUGCUCUUCAAGGAGAUCUGCACCCUCCUAAGGAAUGAGGAGGGCAGGGGCUCUUCCUGACCUUUUGCCGAGCCUUGCCUCAUCAAAUGUGGGACAAAGUGUUAUUUGUAAUUUUUGGAUGAACUAGUGCUGCCUAAGAAUGGUUGAAGUAGAUACAACUCAAAGUUUUUUGGUGUCGUAUGGCUAUUGAAAAUGAUCCAAUGUCUCAUGCGGUAGGAUGGAUUUUUCUUAAUUUGUGCUUUUUAUUUGAGAUUCUGGCUUGAAAAGUAUUGUUUUGUACUUUAAAAACGUUACUUAAAAGAAACAAACCUCUGUUAUAUAUUGAAAGCAACAUGGGGAUUUUUUAUUUAUUUAAAAAAUGAUAUAUGCUUUCAUGCUAAUCCCUCCCCCCCAGGUGCGGUCAUUGUAAAAACCUGGCUCCCACUUGGGAGAAUCUCUCAAAAAAGAACUUUCCAGGACCAGUAGAUGUCAAGAUAGCAGAAGUCGACUGCACCAUGGAACGCAAUGUCUGCAAUAGAUUUUCCGUAAGUAUGGAAGCUAGAUGACUUUACACUGUGUUUGUGUUUAAUUGUUCAAAUUGCAAGUGUGUGGCUGCUUGGUUUACAGUUAACUCUCCAAAGUAACUAGUGUCUGGUACAGGAAAGAAUGUGCACAGAAUCUUUUCACUAUGGCUUGUGUAAAAAGACAUGAGCUAAAGCUGAGGAGUUUCUACAUAAUGUGCUCGUUGUACCUGCUUAACCGCACUAUGUGUGGUCAGAUGUGGUUCUGAAACUACAGUGGUACCUCCGGUUGCAGACAGGAUCCGUUCCGGAGGUACAGUCGGAUCCCAAGGUUUCCGCAACCUGAGGACUGCUGCUGCGCAUGAAGCAAAACCCGGUAAAAUACUUCCGGGAUUGCUGCUUUCGCAUCCCGAACUUUACGUAACCAGAGGGUUACGUAGCCGGAGGUACUACUGUACUGAACUUAGGGCGUGGGUUUUGGGACGCUGUGGGGACACUUUGAAAACGGAGGAGGUAAUCUCCAAAGCCCCACUGCACAUACAGAGUUCUCAGUGUAGCCUUGAUCAUGACCAAGCUCCUUGAAUACAUUUCAUUCUGACCAUGCUUGGCCAGAAACCUUUUCCUAAUUAAACUACAAAGUGAUGGGGACCACUUUUCUGGCAAGGCUGGGGGAGUUGCAUGUGUUCUCUGUAUGUUAAAGGUAUUUCCUCUCUCCUGGCUAUCUCCAGCUGUUAUUUAACUUCAAAUUAAAGCACCUUGCAAUCCAGUUGUGUUGCUGAGAGAGGAGGAGGGGGGAAUCAAAUCAGUCCUGAUGAGAGGUUUGUGGGAAGGGAAGCAGGAAGCAACAAGGAAGGGGGAGCCUUCCUGCUGUAUGGAGAUACCUGCCGCCUCUUGCUUUUUUCUUUUCACAAAUCACUGACACCUCCAUGCAACACGGGUUCCUCCUGCCGGAGGAGGGAGGAGACUCUUGGGCCACAUGCACACUACACAUUUAAACCAGCACUGGCACUGAAUUGGGCCCCAGAUUAAGGUGCCCAGCAGCGUCUGGGCCUGGGAGGCCCCCCCCAAGAGCCUUAAGACACGACUUCCAUGGCCCCCGUGAGGCUGGGUGCCAAGUACCCAUAAUUUUUUUGUGGGUGCCUGGGCCCCCAGGAGUUUGUGCCAGUGUAAACCAGUAUGAUAACCUUAACGGCUUCCCCCAAAGAAUUCUGGGAGCUGCACUUUAUUUAAGGGGCUGAGAUCUGUUAGGAGAUCCCUAUUCCCCUCACAGAGUUACAAUUCCCAGAGUUCUCUGUGAAUAGGGAUGGAGUGCUAAGCCACACAGGGGAAUAGGGGUCUCCUAACAACUCUCAGCACCUCCCAGAAUUCUUUGGGGGAAGCCGUUAAAGGUUUGAAGUGGUAUCAGAGUGGUUUAAAUGUAUAUAGAUAGUGUGGCCUUUGGCGAAGCUUGAAAACAGAAGGAAGAGAAUAAACCCGAUUUGAUACUCCCCAGCAAUACGAGCAGUUCUUAAGGUGCUUUAAGCUAAAAGGUGGAGAAUGUUUGAAGAGAGAGAUUAUCUUAAUUUACAGAACAAUUGGGAUAAGCAUACCUUCAACUCAGGAGAUUAAGCAACCCCAAAUACUCACUCUGUCCUAUUACAGGUCUUGUGCUAUUUGCUCAUGUUAUGAACAUGAGGGCCACCUGUUGAAACUCCCUUCUGUCCAUAAUAUAUAUAACAGAUUGUUUUAAGUUCUCAGCUAUUCUAAAGAGGAAAUCUGGAGGGGGUGAGGGAAGUACAGGUUGGCAAGGAUGAUGUGUGAACACCACAAAAAACAUAAGAGAUUCCAAGCAGUGCCAUGCCCACUAUAAACUGGCCAUAUGGAAGAGCCUUUUACUUUUGAGUCAGGACAUACAGGAUUGCAGUUGCUUUCUCACCUACAUUCUUUUCUCUCCUUUUGAAGGUUCGUGGCUACCCAACACUGAUGCUUUUCCGUGGUGGGGAAAAAGUCACUGAGCACACUGGAGCCAGAGAUCUUGAAACACUGCACAACUUUGUCCUGGGGCAAGCAAAGGAUGAACUGUAGAAAACAUGUCUGUUUGGGUACUGCUCCUCAAGCUGUGUCUGUCCAGUAAACAAGGGAGUUGAAUCAAGGUGUGCUGGUACCAGAUUUCCAAUAGUGGUCAUUUGGGAAACUGAAUGUACUAAAAUGUGGAAUCCCUGUGUGUGUUUGUUUCCUCUAAAGCCCUACUGUGCUGAGCUUAAGGGAAGCUUACAACAAGCAAUCAUAGUUCAAAUUGGAAACAGUUUUCAUUAUUAGUUGUGUUAAUGAACUUCCAUUUUGUCCUGGUAGUCAGUUGCCUUUUUGUAUCUAAAACCAGUAAGGAAAGGUUAAAAUUAAGGGGGCCUGGUAGAUGAUGGCAGUUUACACAAGUUACAAACUUACUACAUGCAAAACUGCACAUUGUAAACCUUAUUUCUGGCAAAUCGGUGCUUUUUAAAUGUCUCAUCAAUAGAAACGGCAAAGGAAAACAAACACACACACACACACACUUUGGAAAGACGCCCCUGACCACUGCUGUCAUUUUGUGUUCUCUCAUCAUGAGGGAUGUACAACAAAAAGCAAUGGUACUAUGUGUGCCUGCAUUUAUUAUUGAACCAUGCCAUUUGUCAGGUAGUUUUUGACAGCUCAAAGACACAAUAGUUCUGUUCAGCCAUUUGCAAAGAGAUUUGGCUCCUUUUGUGCAGACCCAGAUCAUGACCGGCCAUCCCUUUUUUUAAAAAAAACAAAUUUUUAAAAUUCUUUUAAAACCUAGAGAUGGGUUAUUUUUGUUACUUCAGAGGCUGUAGUAUAUUAAUCAUGGUUAAAGAGCCUCUUUCCAGGUAAUAUAAACAAAAGAACAAAACCUACCUAUAAGUUUUUCCAGGUGGUCUUUCAUUCUGAGUAGCUUCUCUCUAGCCCCUCCUUUCCAGUUUGGUAUUCAAUAUGACAGACUUAAAGCCAAAGAAUUUCUAGUGCAGGUACUGAUAGACACUUAAACUACAGCAGCAAACUAGAUGCUGGGGGGAAAAUCUGGUUUAUAUAUAAACAUUUAUUGCCAUUUUAUUGGGGGAGUUUUCAGGUAUGUACAUAGGCUAGAUGUUUUCUCUGUAGAAAGUUGCUGUUGCCAUUUGUUUGUUGCAGAUGGAGCAAUGCAACUUUCAUUAGCCAUAUCUACAUUUCUAAUUUUUGUACUGUACUUUUGCCCUUCCUAUUGAAGGCCAGGAAAUGUGUCCAGCACAAAUUUGGGGGUGGGGGGAUGUAGAGUCAGGGGGUACAUAACAGAUAGGAAGAAUGGAAAGGGCUAAUUGAGAUACGGCAGAUGUAUCAGAUCAACACACAUGUUUCUGCCUUAAAGGGAGCCUUUAUUCAACAUGGUGACUUUUAAAAACCUAAUGAAGCACAAUCUCAUGAGCAGGCUGAACUGCAAGUCAUGACUCCUGUAAAAAUCAAGUGGUACAAUUGUUUACACACACAGUUUCUGAAUAAAUCUUUUUUUUACA